GGCGUCGUGCGGCGAGCCUGCGCUGCGGAGGCGGGCGAGCACGGUUCUGGUCUGUCACGCCGAAGAGCGGACCGGGCGACAUGAAUGAGGCCGAGGGCCUGAGGCAGCGCCGACCUAUCCGGCCGCAGGUGAUUACCGAGGACAACACGGCUCAGGAGACCAAGGGCGGCAGCACUUACAGCAACAAGGUGUUUCGUGUGACUUUCAUGACUUUGGCAGUAUCUCUCAUUAUUCCCUUAUUUGGAGCAAUAAUUCUUCUGGAUUGUCCAAUAGACCCUCAGCCUAUUAGCUUCAAAGAACCUCCUCUCCUUACUGGUACAUUAGAGCCAAACUUUAAGCUCCGGCAAGCAGAAAGGUUAUUUGAAAAUCAACUUGUUGGACCAGAAUCUAUUGCAAAUAUUGGUGAUGUGCUGUUCACUGGUACUGCAGAUGGAAAAAUUUUGAAGAUUGAAAAUGGAGAGAUACACAUACUAGCCCGACUUGGCCAUGGUCCUUGCAGUGCAAGAGAAGAUGAACCCAUGUGUGGGAGACCUCUUGGAAUUCGUGUUGGACCAAAGAACACCCUUUUUGUGGCAGAUGCUUACUAUGGACUCUUUGAAAUAAAUCCUGUCUCAGGUGAAGUGAAGCUCCUUGUUUCAUCCAAGACUCCCAUUGAGGGAAAGAACAUGUCUUUUGUGAAUGAUCUUACACUGACUCGGGAUGGAAGGAAAAUCUACUUUACAGACUCCAGCAGUAAAUGGCACAGAAAAGACUACUCUUUAUUAAUCAUGGAGGCUUCAGAUGAUGGACGCUUGCUUGAAUAUGACACAGUGACAAAAGAAGUGAAAGUAUUAAUGGGAGGGCUUAGAUUUCCAAAUGGAAUCCAGCUUUCACCUGCUGAAGACUUUGUUUUGGUGGCUGAAACAACUAUGGCAAGAAUACGAAGGUAUUAUGUCUCUGGCUUAAUGAAAGGUGGAGAAGACAUGUUUGUAGAAAAUUUGCCUGGUUUUCCAGACAAUAUACGUUUAAGCAGCUCGGGAGGUUAUUGGGUGGCUAUGUCCGCUAUUCGUGCCAAUCCUGGAUUUUCUCUGAUGGAUUUCUUAUCUGAAAAGCCGUGGAUUAAAAGAAUAAUAUUUAAGCUGCUCAGUCAAGAAACAGUGAUAAAAUUUGUGCCUAAGUACAGCCUUGUUGUAGAACUAAGUGACACUGGUUCCUACAGAAGAAGCUUCCAUGACCCAAAUGGAAUGGUAGCAACAUACAUAAGUGAAGCACAUGAACAUAAUGGACAUCUCUACUUGGGUUCCUUCCGGUCUCCCUUUAUUUGUAGAUUGAACUUGAAGGAUGUUUAAUUCAUUGAUGCAAAAGCAAUACUGCUGUUGUCUUGAAUUAUUCUAGAAGAACAAAAGAGGAUUAAUCACAAAUUUUGGCCAAGGAACAAGAGCUGGAAGCACAGCGGUGAACACUGUAGCAUAUGUAACUUAGCAGGAUUCAGACUUGGACCGCUUCUUAUUUUAAGCAUGCCAUGCUGUAAAACCACCAAUGGAAACAGCACCAUUGUCCUUUACAAUAGUCAUUCAAAUUGUUAAGCCUUGUAUGGAAGAUUUCUGGUGCAUUUUGCCCAAUCUGUGGCAUCCUUACUUACCUUUAAGGUAAACACGAAAUUACCUCAUGAAAUAAAAUGUAUUACUUUCAAUAACUUUUUUUUUUGCAAGGUGCUUUCACUACUGAAAGAUGUUGUGCAUAAACAUGAAUAGCCAGCUGCCCAUUGUACUGGAAAUACAUUGUUCAGCUCUAGUUGUUAGUUUGAGAUAUCUUGCAUGCAUUUAUUGUCAACUUGGGUCUGUCUUUGUAGACAUUUUCAAGCAUGCAUGCUGUAAUACCUUAGACAUAUUAAUAAAUUGAACUUGACUAUAGGUUUAAUUCAUCUUCCUACCAAUGCUGUUUUUCUGCAUGAUUAAUUUUAAAGAUCUGAGCUCACUUCUGUGCAUAACUUCCUAAACCUGAAAAUGUCCCUUCAGAUGAGGCAACUAACUUUGAAAAGACCUGGCUCAACAGUUUUGUCUGUGAGUAUGUUGUUGACACAGUAUUUUGAGGUUUAGGAAUACCCUCAUAUAUUCUUCAAUUGGAGUAUGGAAAAUUGCUCUUAAAAUGUCAGAGACUAUACCUUACAGGUACAAAUGGUACCUGUGAAUUGGAGAUGCUUAUUUCUCUAAUGGAUUGACCAAAAACUGCACUUACAAGUAUUAAAUACAAAGUUGGCUAAAAUGUGCAUUAACUAUAUGAUUUUUUCCAAGCAAAUGGGGAAAUAAUGGUUUCUUAAAUAAAUUUUAUGGUUAUGGCAUAUAAAAUUAAGGCCUAAUAUUAAUAUAUGGAUAGUUCAUUGUUUUUAAAAGACUAAAAGGUUUAGUCCAAAUAUAUGAAGUUUUAAAAAGUGAGUAAAUUAAAGUCUUGGUAGGCAUGUUGAGUUACAGCUAGGUUGAAUAUGGACAGAAACAAAUGUUAUAAUUUGUUAUAAUUUCUCAACUAAACAAGACAAUUAAAUGAUUACAUCAUCCACAA